CAAAAGACUAAAUUGUGUUAAACACUUGGUUUAUAAUUCCAAACCCUUACUCUGAAUUAUUUGCUUGGUAAAUCUAUAAAUGGCUUAUCUGGGAAAAGCCCGUUAUUUUCCCAGACAGAUCUAAGGGUGCGAUUGGUACGGACAGGAAAACUGCUUGCUCAUCCCAUAUCAGCAGGAGUGCAUGAGUCAGCGCUGGCUCUGUUCCACCCAGAGUUGUUGCGACAUAGCCUACACACACAAGCACACACUCCCUCUUUCUCCCCCUCCCUCCCACAUACUCACACACAGGCCAUAUGACUGAGUCAAGCUCGGAUUUUAGUUUGUAGCAGAGUUGUGAUAAGACUUUCUGAGAACCGUAGCCCGGUCUGACGGCAUUCCAUUUAGAAAUAACCAUGUGUGCUCAGAAGAUGGGACUUUCUUUAACACUUCUCUAAGAAAGCUGGAUAUAUAAAGGCAGCAUUGAAAGAUGUCUGUGAUGGCUGCUCCACGGUCGUCUGUGUUUACAUUUGAGUCUGCGGUGCAUUCCUCCCAUGUGCUGAGCCGCCUGGACGAGCAGCGUCGCCGGGACACGUUGUGUGAUGUUACCGUGGUGGUGGAGGGCCACAGUUUGAGAGCCCACCGCUCAGUGCUCGCUUCCUGUAGCGAGUACUUCUCACACAGGAUUUCCUCCCUCACACAGCAUGGAGCUGUCAUCAGUCUACCACAAGAGGUGACAGUUGCUGGCUUUGAACCUUUGCUGAAUUUUGCCUACACAUCCAAACUUCUCUUCGGGAAAAACGAUGUCUUAGAAAUACGCAAUUCAGCUUCCUUUCUUGGUUUCAGAGACCUAGACGAGUCAUGCUUUGAUUUCCUCCUCCCCAAGUUCUUCUCCAGUAAUGACUCUGCCCCUUUCCCGAGAAAGACCUGUUGUAAGAAGAUAUGUAAGAGACAAUUAUUAAAGGAAGACAUUGACUCUGACCGUGUUUUGUUGAAUGAGAAAGAAGUAGAACCAGUUGAUGACUCACUAUGUACGCAGGAAGUGGCUUGGCACUGUAACAAAUCAGUGAACAACAAAAUGGGAAGUCUGAACAAAGCAAGCACUCUUCCACCUGAAGCUGAAGGGACCAACAUUGAAUAUACGCAAUGUCCAAAGUAUCGCAAGUUCCAGCUAGCUUGUUGUAAGGAAAGUUGUGUCACAGAUAAAAGUCUGAACAAUCCUGCAACAGUUAUCAGGGACACCUGGGACCUCUCCUGCUCGCCCCCCUCCAGCAGUGCUAAGAGCAAAAAAGAAGCUGAUGUUGAAUUCCCUCAUAUUUCCACCUCAAAUUCCACCACACAGAGCGAAGGAGGGGCUGAUGAGCCAUGGAAAAAUGACAAGAAAACAGAGAAUGGUGGGGAGGUUGAUGUGAUUGAGAAAGACACACAUGAAAGGCAACACAAAUGGAUUAAGAAGGAGAGAGAGAUGAAUGUGGGGGAAGAGAUCAGCUCUUCAGACAGAUCCACUGUCAAGGAAGUCUCUUCAGGGUCAAGCACAUCGCUGGGCGAGAGGUCAUCAGGGUUUAUAUUGAACCAUUGCCCCCUGAAGACCUUUGUUGAAGCCCCUGCAAUCACUCUGUCACAGGGGUUUGUCGUGGACAUUACAGAGGGCAAGAAAACAAAUAACUCUGGUGCACUGCCGCCAGUAUCCAUUUCCCAUAAGGCAGAGGAACAGGUUGAAGCUGAGGUAAAAAUGGCAGACGAUGAGAUAGAUUUGGGCUGGCAAGACAGAGGCAGGAUGGAGAGAGUGACCCUAUCAGUAGAUAAUGCCAGAGAAAGGAGCACAGAGGAAAGGGAGAUGGCCGAGCACCUGGCGAGGAGGCUGGGGUCCGACGUGGAGCCUGAUGCAGGAAGUUCCUCCGAUACAGGGAGCGGACAGGCACAGAGCAAGUCUUUAGAGUGGAGUAAGUGCCACAACAUCAGCUCCACAAGCACCAGCUGUCCCUUUUUCCAGGAUCUGGAGCAAGGCAGGUGUGUAUGGAAGGGAGCAGAGCUGUCUGAGUGCGAGGGGGGCUCUCAGUCAGGUGUGUCAUCCUUCAACUCGGGGGAGGAUGGAGAGUGGGAGACGGAGACAGAAGGAGACAGUGAGGCCUACGCAAGAGAGCGGGCCAGACAGGUGCAGUUGCCAUUCUCUGUAGAGUGGAUUGUUGAUCUGAGCAGAAAUGACUUCCAGCAGCUGCUGAAGCAACAGGUCUUUACCCGAGAACAGCUGGAGUUUGUCCACGAUAUGAGACGCCGCAGCAAAAACCGCCUCGCAGCUCAGCGUUGCCGCAAGAGGAAACUAGACUGCAUAUAUAAUCUGCAGUGUGAAAUCAACAAACUGAAGACAGAGAGGGAGACACUGAUGACGGAGAAGAGCCAUCUGAGCCAGAUGAAGUCCAAAGCGUGUCACAAUGUCUCUGCAUUAUGCCAGAGGGUCUGCAACGAAGCCAACCUGCAGCCGGAGCAGCUCCAGGUGUUGGCCAAAUACAGUUCCCCGGACUGCCCUCUGUCCUCUCUCUCUACUCACAUGGACCCUCUCUUCUCACAGCCUGGGCUGCUCCUCCAGCCUCAUGCUGUACGGUCAGAUUGUCUUGUUGGCCACGAUGAGUAUAUGGCGUCUGAUGAGGCUUCCAGCUCCAGAAAGGAUACACUCACCAGAGAUGAUCAUCAUUCGCUUUAGAUACAGCAAAAACCAAUAGGGUUGAUUAUGAUGUCAAACUAAUGAUUCAAUGAUUCCCUACCUAUCUAAAGACUUGACUGCAGACUUUGGACUGAGGACAGGCUGUUUUAUAACGCAGUGGCAUACUUUUGAUACAUUUAUAUUGAGUGGUUGCAAUCAACGAACAUUGUAAUUAACUCCUGCUACCCUUUUUUUAAUUGAAAACACAAGUGUUUAAUUGUGAGGUCAGGAAUGCAUUCCAGGUGUCCAAAACUAUUCAUUUUACUUUGACACCAAUGAUAAGUCUGAUUACAUGUAGAGCAAAUGUUUCACCCUUGGCAAACCGCUUAUCAGACUUUGUUUUCCGGUGAAAGCUGAUCGGUACCUGCUCACAAAUAAACCCAGCCAGGGUGCAAGUUGAGAAUGUUAACAUUUUAGCACUAAGACACUAAUCAUAAUGAAAGGAAACAAUGGUCUCUAUAUUUAUAGUGGGCUUCAUUGCUUCAUAUCUCAGGAAAUUGCACUUCAUCCUUAUACAUAAUUAAUUUCCUUUCUUAAAACUCUAAAGUGUUUUAUACAGGCUCUCAGGUGUUAAUAGGAAAACUCAGCAACAAUACCUCUUGCACACAGUGUGGGUUAGGCCCUCUCCGUGGAGAGAGCAACACACAACAAGAUUUUGCACACAAACCAGACAACUGUCAUUGUGGUUGUCCAACCGCAGUGACAUGGCUCUUUUAGGUUGCUCACAGCAUGGACUCACUAAAACAAACCUUCUAAUGUGCUUAAAUGUGUUUAAAAUGCUGUCUAAAGAAAGUGCAUCUUAGCAGAACUUUUAAAUACGAACAAAAAAACACUUUCAGGAGAAAAGCUGCUUCACUCUGUCUAAUGAAAAUCAUUCCCAUCAUUCUUCCCACAUUUCCAGUUUGUCCUGAAUUGCGGCAGGAUUGUGUGUAACAACCAUUUUUAAAUAACUCUCAAGGUCAAUUUUACGUUUAUAUUUUGUGUCUCAAAGCACAAUUAUUUAUUAUUGUUUUGCAUUCCAUGCAUUACUCAGCGUUUCUGCUGACUUCCACCUAUAACGUUUGACCUAUUUUCUCCCCGCUUAGUAGAUAUUGACACUCAGGAUUAUUUACAGCAAACCAGCUUCACCACUUCCUCAUGAUCUCAUUUCACUGUAUUAUAUGUGCAUAUGUUUAUUUUUGUACUCUUGAUCACACUCAGUGCAUCUAGCCUCAAAAUGAUUUGUGUCUAAUGUGAACUAAUACAGCAAUACAAAAAUUACAUAAAGGGUAUGUGAGGAAAUUCUGACUAACAACAUUAUAUUUUUGAAGACAGUUGGGCGCUGUUAAAUGUCCUCAACAAAAGAAUGUUUUGUUGUGUUGCAUGAUAACGCUGGUGCUUAUUGCCCUCUAGUGGCAGUACUGCUACAGUCAAAAGAUUGUUAAGACUGUUCAUUUAUUUUAAAAGCACAAAAAAGGACUGUAUAUAUCUAAAAGGAUUUUUAUAAACAAAAGUUAAACAAAACCAAUCAACAAUAAAACAGAAAAAUAAACAGUUAAUGGUGUUUGUUAUCAUGCCCAACUUGUGAAGAUGCAGUGUAAUUGAAAAACCAUCUGCAAGGUUAAUGAGAUGUAGAAUCUGUCAGUGUUCAGAGUGAGUGAUGAAUAGCUGAGCUCCUAAGGUCCUCACAGGACUCAUCUUUCAACCUGGACGGAUGUGUUCAUGAUUUAAUACUUCACUUUCAUGUUUUCUGAAUCUCAGUCACUUAGCUUAGUUUCAUCUUUAUUACUUUGAAGUUUUCUCCCUCUUUCUCCCUCUUUCUUCACUCCCCCUCUUUCCCUCUGUCUCUCUCUGGAGGCUAUUUUAAUUAUAGAAGGACUGUUAUUUCAUCUCUCAAUUUUCUUUUAUGGGAGCAAACAUAACGUAAUACUCCUCAGAUGAUUACGAAACUGUACUAAGAUCUGUAAUACACAGCAAUGUUGGUCAUUUUCAGAGGCUAUUAAUGAACUUAUCAUAAGGAGAGAAUGAAAGUAUAACCCAAGGGGGUAAAGGUCACGCAGGUUAACUUUGCCUAAUGGAUUAUGGCACUGGGCAGUGGGAACCGAGGGUCGCUGAGGUCCCAGGGCUUAAAAAUGACAAAAACAGCCCAAUGGAGGAGGUCAUUAGCUUUGGAAAGCAUGAGUUCACGCGCUGUAAUUAAGUUUAAACCAGUCAUCCUCAAGUGGCUGCACUUCACUCAUGGCUGCAUGUGUUUCUACUGCUAAAGCCCUCAGUGUUCAUAGUUGUGUUUUUCCUUUAUAAAUGAGGAAACUUAGGAAUUGUUUAUCAUUUGAACUUCAUUCAAAUGUCACUAUUAUAGCAGCCGUCCUUCCGCCAUGGGGUCAUGGGCAUCGAAGUAAUUGAAAUGAUUUAUUUUUUGAUAUAUUAUUUUUGGGCAGAGAAAUUGGUGUUGUCCUGCAUUUGACAGGACCUUGUCACCAUGUCCUGAGGCCAUGCAUCUUGUUAGCCAAGCUUUCAGUAGAUAUACUAAAACAAUAAAGGAGAGGUUAGCUGAGCCUUCUGCUCAUUCGCCGGCGCCUCUGGAACUCCCUCCCGAUCAGCUGAGAUCUGCCCCUUCCACGAGGUCUUCAAAACCGGCCUUAAGACCCUCUUCUUUCGGCAGGCCUGCCAAUAAACUUUGAGCAUGGUACACCUGGAGUACUGCCAUUUGUAUCGCUAUCUCUGACUUUAAAAAAAAAAAAAAAAUUAUUUUCUUUUUAUUAUUAUUUUUUUAUUAUUAUUACUAUUAUUUGUUUAAUCUCUCAAAUUGUAUCAGUGUCCUUUGUUGUGAAGCACUUCGAGAUUUGUCUUGGCAG